GUUCAAGUCAAAAUAUGAGUGUGUCAGAUUUGUUUGACUCGCGUAAAAUUUAGAUUGUCAUCGUUACGUAAAUUAUACAAGCGUACGUGUCCAUCUAUAUCGAGACAAGCUGCAUUCUGCUUCUUCUUUGAUAUUUCAAAGCGUUACUUCGUUCUAUCAAACGGUUGUAAAAAAAGUAUCUCUCAACAUAACCUCCAACUUUAGUGCCGUCAUGAAUCAACUGCCGAUGCACCAAGCACUCAGACCACUUGCGUGGCUGGAAGGAGUUUGGCGUACAGAAAGUUUGGGAAGUGGCAAAUUUCCUACUAUUAAUUCGUUCAAAUACUGUGAAGAAAUCACUUUCUCAUCUAUUGGUCAGCCAAUGUUAAACUACACUGCCCAAAGCUGGCAUCCUGAAAAGAAGAAUCCAAUGCACAGAGAAGUUGGAUUUCUCAAGAUAGUGCCCAAUACAAACAAAGUGUCAUUGUUUCUGUCACAUAAUUUUGGAUUGACUACAGUUGAAGAAGGAGAAGUUGUUGAUAAUGCAGUACAGCUGCUCAGUACUAGUGUAUCAAGAACAAUUGAAGGAUCAAAGCCUCCUGCUGUAUUACAGAUAAAGCGUGAACUUAAACUUGUGGAAGAUGCACUUCACCAAACUGUCUAUAUGAGUACAGAGACAAGACCGGAACUAACAGAACACUUGCACGCAGUGUACAAAAGACAAGAUGCUCCUCUCUAUAAGUAAACGGCUUUGUUCUGAUCAUUUGAUUGUCACAAGUUAAAGGUAAAGUUUGUGUGUAUAUCUAGCUUGUUGCUUAAAAAUGAGGGAAUAAAACAUUGAUUUCAAAGAUGUCAGAGAGUCAUUUUCUGAUCGCGCUGCGUCAGCUAUAAUAGCUACAUAUCAUCGAAGAGUUAAGAAUCGCGCGGAUUAAUAAAAGACUGACGAGAAAGUUUGCUGCUGCUGCAGGGAAUUAAAACUUUAAGUCCGUAAGACCAAAUUAACCGCGCGCGCGAUUGCCGCGAUAAAUUUGGCACAUGCGGCCCAGUCGGCGCUCAAACUGAGUAAUGGCUGAAGCAUGAAAUUGCAAAUUUCAGCAAGCUUCCGAGAUCUCUCGGCCGCGAGUGACGUCAAGUAAGUAAGUAAAAAGGUCUGGAAAAUCGAGUCCCGCGCGCGAUGUCCGAUUGCCGGGGUUGUGAUGUAAAAAACAUAAGUUGCAUGGUGCAUGCGGGCGGCACAUAUGGCAGGUGUGCGCGCGCGUAUUCACGUACCACCUGAAUCGGCGGUGGGCUGGCGGGGCAGAAGGGGGAACACCUGUGCCUCUAUGUAUAUACGCGCUGGUAAAACACCCCCUGCUGCUGGCAACGCGACGUCGCAUGCGACAGUUGCGCCCAGCGUCGCCUCGACGAGCAGUUGCCGCUACUGCUUCUCUUCCGAUACUUAGUUCUUCUCCCGAGUCCGAUUCUCCCUCUUACUGGCUCCGUUCUCGUUUCAACGCACGUGCACCGAUGGAAAGUACGAAUAGCUCGCUACGAUUGCCCUGCACCGAAGGCUAAAAUAUGUGAAGUAAAGCUUCCCGCGAUACCCGCGACAGAUAGAAGAAUGAGGCCGUUGUACGAUGGCCAGGAGAAUCACUACAAAAAGAUGCUGGACCUUCAGGAGAGACUGCGAAGAAGCGAGGAGGAGCGAAUCAGGCUAGAAGAGAAGUUCGGCCUGCUGGUGCAAGAGUCCCGAAACAGACAUCAGAGCUGCAUCAAUCAACUGAGAAUCCGAUAUGUGGAGUUUCUGGAGGAGCAGCGGGCGAGAGACGAGAGGAAUAGUAAGCUGCUCGGAACUCUGGACAAGGUGGACAGCAGUCUGGCUUUGAUGACUGCCAAGACGGAACGGCUCAACACACUGAGAAAGCAACACGAGGCCUACUUACUGCGUGCUUACGGAACGCUGCGAACCAACGAGAGCGUAGCAGCGGACAGCGGCUUGGAAAGCCAGAACGAUCGAGAAGCACCUCGGACACCGGUGUUUUCCAAAUCCGUCGCACUCGUGCGUAACAACUCGAUAGAAUUUCCAGCACCGAGUCCCCGUAAAGCCCCUAGUUUGGAGCUUCCUGACGCCUACAAGUUGAGCGCGAGCCGCAAAUCCGCGGAUAUCCAACGAAAGCUGAACGACAAAUUCGCGCAAGCGGCCGCUGUGCCGUCGUUCUACGACGAAGCAAAAGACGCUCUGAUGAGGACCCGGCUGUACAGCCCUGGCUUGUCGACCGAUCCUCCAAAGCACAAGCCCGAGAUCGGCACGAGGAGCUCGUAUGGCCUCGAUCCCGUAGAGUCGGCGACGAAGCUCGUCAGCGCUUUGAGGAACCCCUCUGCAAGAUCGGCGACGAGCACGCCUGCGGCAAACAGCAAGUACGAGCUGGACCGUUACCUCAGCAGGAUCGAGCAGGCCCAAGAGGAAGCGCUCGAGCCCGAGCGCAGUCUCGAGGAUGCCGAGCAGGAGCAGAACACAAGUGGCGACCUCCUGAACGUGACGCUCUCGGACGAUGGGAAUCGCUCAUCUCCAGAGCAAGUCGCAACGCCCGCCAGGGACAGCCGAAGCCGCUUCCGGGCGCUGCUCAUGAGACAGGCAUUAGCGGCCGAGAACGGCUCUCGAAAUAGGCCGAUCGACCGAAUCGAGCCGAGAGGAGGAUGCGACGCGGAAGAGGCGCUCACGAUUGACAAAUUUAGACAGUCGGAAAUAGCGACGCCGCUGCAGCGCGAAAUCGGCAAGCCGUUCGCGCGGCCAGCGCCGCUCUCCGUGGACGACGCCUUCGCCAAGCUAGCCCUUCUCAGCGAGCCGCGACGGCCGAACAAUCCGACUGAUCCGAGUCCGCAGAAACAUAGUCCGCCGGUUGUCGAGAAAGUGGAAGCAGCGAAGGAGAGGGAGGCACGGCUGCUGGCUGAGACUGCCGAGGAUGACGAGGAUGACGAGGAAGACGAGGAAGACGAGGAAGACGAGGAAGACGAGGAUCAGGAGUCGAGGUACGGCGGAGAUCGGGAGGAUGGCGAUAGAAACGCAGAUGGUAUCGAGGAUGAUUACGAUGACACGGUGGACAUCGACUCCUGGGUGCCCGAUGACGCGGAACAACGGCUCGAGGAGGCGCCACCGCAGGAUGGCGUUAGAGACAUGCCCAGGAGAAUGCUGGAGUCAAUCGAGGAGGUGGAGCAGCUCGACGAUGACGAGGAUCCUGCCGAUGAGGCUAAACCGGAUGAGGAAAUGGCAAUAUCGGACGCGGUCACUCCUGCUGUCGACGAGUCGCCAAUGAAUCAGCGAGCCGACGCAAUUCCAAGUACGGAGAACGCAAUCGACGCUCCUCCAGAGAGUAACGAGGAGCCAUCUGCGUUAGUGAGCGAAACUCACGACGCCAACGAACGAUACGCGAAUCAGCAAUACUACCCGCAAGACGACGGUGAGCAGCAGCAGCAGCAGCAGCAGUAUCAAGAGAACGCGGAAACUUAUGAGCAGCAGCAAGGCGACGAGCAACAGCACUACCAAUACUCCGAAGAUCCUAACCAACAGUACGGCUACGACGUUAACGCUCAGUACACGGAAUACGACAGUCAACAGUACACCGAGGCUCAGUACGAGGAGUAUAUGAAGCAGUAUCAACAGUACCAUCCGCACUACGAUUACUCGCAAGACCCUCAGGCUUACGGCGAAGGCUACUCGCAGGAGGUCAAUCAGGCCUACGAUUACCCGGCCGAUCAGCAGGCUUACGCCGAAGCUUACGCGGCUCAACAGUCGAGCGAACUCUACGGACCCGAUGGUAAAGAUCAACCGCAAGAGCUAACCGGAGAACAAUCCGGGCAGGGAAGCGCGGCCGACGAGUCGUCGGCAGUAGUGAAUCAGAGCGCGGCCUACGCCGCCGCUCCGCCUGUCAAGGACAAGCCGAAGGAGAGCAAGGAGAGCAAGAAGACGAAGAAGGACGUCAUCAAGUCCAUCCUCGACUCGGACUCUGAGAGCUUCAUCGAGAGGAACCUCUCCAACAGCGAGAGCGACUUUGAUUUCAAUUAACUAUGCAGUCCGUUCAAACUAGUCGAGCAAUAAUUUCUGCAAGCGAUCGGGCCGAGAUCAGAGUUGUUGGUUGGUUAGCUCUAUUUUUUGUAUCCAAAGAUCUCGACUUGAGCGCGGCGAAAACAAAGCCACCAACAUCGUCCGUGUAAAUAGCAAAGUGAAAUAAUGAUAAAAAUAAAGUACUGCGCGCGUUGAGUCGUGCGGAGGCAAAACUCGUUAAA